CUACUGAGGAAAUGCCUCCAGAAGAUUCUGGUGUUACAAAGUCUUCCUCCACAAUUGAAGAUUUGGAACAGAACGAAACUCGUCGCAUUUGUUUCAUCAAAUCUGACAAGCCGCGCACCACAAGAGAGGUCUCUGAUAUGGCGAAACAGGCAAAUCUUAAAAGCUUUUUUCUUAAACGAAAAAGCUCUAAUGGCGAGGGUGAUGAUGAGUCUACUUCUAAAAGGCUAUCUGAAGAGAUGGAGACUACCACAGAUGAUGCUCUGGCCCCCGCUGAAAAGAAACCGAAAUGUCGGGGGUUCCGACUUGAAUGGAAAGACAAAUAUCCCUGGCUGAGGUGCGACAUCAUCGAUGGAUCCGAAAAAAUGUUUUGCUCACACUGCGAGAAGUCGGGGAGGAAGAAUGGAUUCACCAAAGGAUCAACAAACAUGAGAAUGUCAUCUCUCGUUGAGCACAGUCGGUGCAAUGAUCAUGUUUCGGCGGUCACUUUAUCCGCACAGCGAGCAGCAAUGGAAGGCCACUGUGAGAGGGCAAAAGAAACCUCAAACAAGAAGCUGUGCUCUCAGCUAAAAGUUGUAUUUUACAUGGCCAAAAAAGACAUCGCAUGUCACCAGUAUGAGGGAUUGACUGAGCUACUUGGAGCAGUUCCAGAGGCUCCAGAUUUUGUGACAGGUGACGGCAUUUACCGGCACAGCGGCCCCGUUGAUGACAUGGAAAAGGCACUGGAAAGCGUUGUGAUGAAGCAGCUAGAUGAAAAGCUAAAGGGUAGUGACUUCAUAGGAGUUAUUAUUGAUGAGACGGUAAAUAUCACCGUGAACAAGAAGCUGAUCAUAUACGUCAAAAUGGAAGUACAAGGGAGAGCUGAGACACGUUUGCUGGGGAAUUAUGAUGUGCAGUCCGGGACUGCACAGUGUAUAUUCAACAAACUGGUUGAAGUGCUCCGCGAGCGGGAUGUGGAGCUUUCCCGCGUCAUUGCCCUGGGCUCAGACGGAGCAAGUGUAAUGAUGGGAAAGCGUAAUGGAGUUGGUGCUCUUCUGAAGAGAGAGAGUGCGUGUUCCAUUCAGGUGCACUGUAUUGCACACCGUGUGGCGCUGGCCGCGCAAGAUGCGGCCAAAUCUGUGGACCAGAUAGGGGCCUACAAGCGCACAGUUGCUUCUGUGUACUCCUUUUACAAGCACUCAGCCAGCAGGACCAAUCGCCUCCGUCAGCUGACAGCAGCGCUCAGCGAUGAAGACAUGACAAGCCUGAAGCAGCCGUGCGCUGUUCGCUGGCUGUCCUUGCACAAGGCAGUGGAAAGUAUCAAAAGUAACUGGCCUGCUUUAGUGAUGGAGCUAAAUGAAGAGGCUGUGGGAGGAAAUGCCCCAGCCCAAGGUAUUCUUGGUCAAAUCCAGCCAUACAGCUUCAUCGCCUUGACUCAUACCCUGGCUGAUGUGUUACCUGUGAUGACCAAACUGAAUUUGGUUUUCCAAAAAGAAGAUGUAAAUCUUGCCACAAUUAGACCAAUGGUUCAAGCAUCAGUUGCGGCACUAACACAGUUACGCGAUGCCCCAGGUCCAGAAGAAGAGCGGUUUCAGGCGGAUUGCCAAGACGACAUGUACAGGGAAGUGAAAGUGACACAUGCAGGUGACCGGGCCGUUCAGGCUUUCAGAAAAGCCAGAGCACACUAUAUCCAGCAUCUAAUAGAUGCUUUACAUGACCGAUUCCCUGAAGAUUCACUGGAUCUACUUAACUGCCUUGAUGUCCUUCUGAACCCCUCCCGAUAUCCAGGGACACAAAGUGCGCUCCAGGAGUAUGCUGAAACAGCCAUCCAAACCAUCACUGAUCGCUUUGGAAAAGGAAUGAUCAGUGAGGACGAGUCGGCUCCAGCCACAGCUCCACUCAUUGAUGCCACAAGUGCGCGCAGAGAUGCCGUCGCUGUAAUGACAGCGCUCCGCGGUUAUGGAGGCUUGAACUUUUCAAUGGCAUGUGAAGUUCUGAUCAGGGAUUUCGGUGAAAUCUACCCCGAGUGGGCUCAACUGGCCAAGAUAGCCUGCGUGAUCCCUGUCUCCAGUGUGCCAGCAGAGAGAGGUUUCUCUCUGCAGAACCGCAUCAAAACAGCGCAGCGGAGUCGCCUGGGGGAGGAGAAAGUCACAAGACUGAUGCGCAUUGCAAGCUGUGCAGAAACACUUGGAUCUUUUGAUUUUAAUUCUGCAGCUGCUCACUUCAGUGCUGCAAAAAUGCACAAAAAGUAGGCUAAACUGUUAUACACCAGUUCUAGGUGAAGGGAUUUCCCCUGUUUGUUUUCAGUUUAUAUUCCGUUUUAUUUUAAACGCGCGAACGGCCAUUUUUUUAUUUCAAGUUAUGGCCAUGUUAAUAAAAUGUUAUUUGCCACUCCA